GGACCAAAAAAACAAACAAACAAAAAAACCAAAAAACGAAGAAGCUCUGCACCGAGGAGGAAGUUUCAUCGAUCCCACAAAUCUCUUCCUCUUGGACCCCCCAAAAAUAAGAAAAAGACAGCCAAUCGGAAGACAGUGAGCGGGGGAAAAAAAAAAAGAGUGGGCGGUGAUUAGAGAUCAGCGAUGACCAUGUCUGUCGGGAUGGCCGGAGUUUCCGGCGUUGCAAUUUCCCGCGCUUUUGUCUUCGACGAGAUGACGUCAUCAAGGUGUCGGAAGACGACUAUGAGCACAUCUUUUGUCAGGAUGAGGAGGAGGAGGAAAGGGCUGGAAGGUGAGAUUGCCACGUGUUCGAAUCUUACCUGGAUAGGAAUGUCAUCUGACCUGCCAAGCAAGAGGGAAGAUUCAACGCACCUGCUCCACUUUCCGACUGUACGAGAAUCAAGGUUACUGCGGGGAAGAGGGGCCUCCUGCCUGCCUGCCACGUGUCGGCGGGAAGAAAUCCUGCGCCAUCUUUCUCAAGCAGCUGGAGCCAUGGCGGUCCCGGCUUCUCUCACCACAAAAAAAUCGUCCUUCUUUGAAUCAUCGUACGUGGCAAGAGGGAAUAACGCCGCGUCAGUCUGCGAGGAUAGAAGCGGACACUAUUUCUUAAGGAUGACCAAAUAUCACGAACACACGGCGCGCCGCGACAACCUGACAGGGAGCGAUGUCCGAUCGCCAGCCUUCUCUGCAGCACUCGGUUCUUCUUGUCUACAUCCUCCUCCUCCUCCUCCUCAUCUUAGGGAGCGGUUCCCCUGUUUCUUCUGGAAACGACACGUGGAAGGAUAUGUUUCUCCCUCUCACAGCUGUCGGCUAUGGCGGCGGAGGAGAUGGGGUGGUACCCCGGCAUUGAGAUAUCCGUACAGAGGGGGGGGAGGAGGGGCAACUGCUGCAGCAGCUCCUAGAGAAGGUGGAGGUGGAGGUGGAGGAGGAGGAGGAGGAGGAGGAGGAGGAUGGUUGUUGGGACAUGCUGCUCGGCGAAUUACAAGCCGGGAGUUCGAUCGGGAUCGGGAUGGGAAUGAAGGUCGAGAUCGGAGUUUGCCUGCGAAGGCCGUUCAUAAAGCCACUGCCUUUGAUAACUUGGACACGUUCGCUGAACCCAACGGCUGCUUCUCUCGGAAUGGGGUGGAAGGGUUGUCAGCAGCGUAUGAUGAUGAGAUGCCACGUGGCAGGGACGGGCCUUCCUCAUCAUCUAUUGGCGGAGAAAUCGAGCAGGAAGAGGAGAAGAGGGGGAGGAGGGGAAUGGGUGGUCGUGAGAGCCGCACAAAAAGUGGGAAGGAAGAUGAGGGCGAGAACUCUGCUUCGUUCGAUAGUUUGCCACGUGGCACGUCGUUGUCUGAAGUCUACCUGCUGGGGGAGGAGGGCAAUCAAGGCGAAAAUGGCGCGGAGGAGGGCCAAAAGGAGGUGGGGGAAGAGGAGGAAGAGGUGGUUUCUCGUCGAUACCCAGGAGGAGCACGGCAAAAGCGGGACGGCGAACCGGAUCGAGAUUGGGACAGAUCUCGCAGUCGAGAUGGGAGAGGGAGGAGGCGCGGUGGAGGGACCAGGAUGACCUAUGGGUCUUCAGGACUGAGGGACAAGGAAGGGAGCAGCAGGGGUGAGAGAGAGGGAAAGGGUUUGGCUAACUUGAACGAGAUGUCAUCAGAGCGAAGACCCGAGCGCGCCACGUGGAAUCGAGCAGGCUGGUCAGAGGCACGUGGCGGGAAGCCUGGGUCAGAAAGGGCGACAGGGGGGAUGCACCGAAGGUCAUCUGGCCACGUGGGCGGGGCUACGGAGGCUCGACGACGAUCGGGAGCCUCAGAGAGCUCAUCCCGAAGAGCGCCACUUGGAGAGCGAGGAGAAAGGAGGGGCGGAUCUGACGCUGACGUGGCGAGACGGAUGACAGGCAUCCGUGGAGGAGGAUGGUACGAAGGUCGGGAUCGGGAUAGCAGAUGGCCAAGGGUACCGAAGGCGGAGACCAGGAUCGCAGAUGGUGCUAACCGUGGUCGUCGUCGAGGUUUCCCAUCUUCCCCUCCUCGUAAUCUGCCGCGGGAAGGGGAGCGCCAGGAGCGGAAGCAGUCUUCCACGUGUCACGGGGAGCCCGGAAGCGCCACGUGUGCUGCUGACGUGUCAGGCGGGCUGGGAGGGGACUCAGGUGGUAGCGAUCGACGAUCGCGCCAGAGCGCGCCGCCAUUGGGAUCGGUAGAGAGGGAGGAGAAUCCGAAGAGCCAGAAGAGGAUAGAUAUAAUGGUGAUGAAAUGGCUAAGAGGCACGGAGGUGCCUAUGGUGCCAUCAAGCGAUGACAAGGAGGAACUGUGGAUGGAUGUCCGUGAUGAGGAGGUAGCAAAGAAGUACACGUCGUUAUUGCAAGGCGACAAACUGAAUGACGUGUACGGAUUAAUGUACAGAACUCUCCAGCAGUGCUUACACUCUCCCCAGGGCUUGCCUACUUUGCGGAGGCAAAGGCAAUCUUCGUCGAGUCAGGCCUGCAGCAGACCCUCCUCCUCCUCCUCCUCCUCCUCAUCGUCCAUGACCUCAAUGGCAGCCGUUGAUGCAGAAGCAACAGCAGCAUUGUCGAAUUCCUCGUCAAUUUCAGUGCUCGGUCGGAAUGAGGAGGAGGAGGAGGAGGAGGAGGGGGGAGAGGAGGAACAGGCGGCUGCAGUAGAUCACAUGCUCAUGCUGAGGGCGUGCCUCAGGCAAGAUAACCUGCGAUUGGCGUUUGCCUACGCUCUGCUGAUCCCACCAUGUAUAAGUUGUUAUCACACUAUCAUGUCUGUCUGUGCUAAGCGGGGGAAUCUCGAAGCCGCUGUCCAAGCACUCCGGAUUGCACGCAGAAGGGGACUGGUGUCAGAUGUCCUGCCGUAUUCUAUCGUCAUUACAGCCUGCGCAAAG